UUAGCUCGCCAGCAAGCAUAAAGCGGCCAUUUUCUUCGCUACGUAGCGAUAAAACCACCAAUUUUGGCUGUAAAUUUUCUGCGUGUGUCAAUAAAUAGGGAUAUUAACUCAACUUAUUUAGUGUGAUAUUUGUGUGUGUGUGCAACUAUAUAUAUAUAUAUAUCGUUACUUGAGCAGCGUGCGCUACAUUACGCUGCCUCGAAGACGCAGAUGAAAUGUCAAGACCAAGGUCUUCGUCGCCACAAAGCAGGAAGCUACCAUGGAACGGCCGAGGACCUUACAAACCCUUUGCGGUACACGAUAUGAGUCGAUCCGACUGUAGUCCCACGUCCAGAGAUGAAAAUCACAGGUUCCGUGAUGGUAUGAUGCCAGAAGACCUUAGAAGAGGCUCCCCUUCUCCGCUGGAUAUAUUUUGGCGUCACCAGGAUCAAGAUGGGUCUUACAGUCGGAGGGCGUCACCUCGCAAUACAAUGAGCCGCCAUGUCCGGAGUCAUUUUUCCCAGCGUGAUCGAGGAUCAAGUGCAGAAAGACAAAGAAAAGGCUUUAGAGAAGAUAUGCAAGAUUUUGAUAAGAGGGAUUGUUCACCAUCUUCCCUUUUGAGGUUCCAGAAAGAGCGCAUGGCCCCGAAUUCACGUUUGGAUCACUCACCAGCGACGGCGGGCUGGAGGCGGGAUGAACGGGGGCAGGGCGAUGGGCGGUUCAGAGACGCCAGUCCCAACUUGAGGUCAGAUGAGCUAAGAGGAAGCAGAAGAGAGAAUUACAUUGAGGGCUUGUACAGAAGCAGACCAAGAGAGGAUCUGCACCUAGAGAGGAGCCCCCCCUGGAAGAAGCCAAGAAGAGACAUGGACCCUCAGCAUCACAGCGGGUUCAAGCGGGACAAGGACUUUGGCGAACGUCGCAACUCACCCGCAUUUGAAGGAGUCCACAGCGGGGGUCCUCCUCUUACAGAUGCUCAUGGAUCAGGACCACAUACCUUUGACUACGAUCACAACAGCCCAGGCAACUGGAGGCCACCCAAAUGGGAGCAUAUGGACCAUGGAGACCAUGACUUUAACCUGCACAGACAGUCUGGUCCAUCUAGCUCCUCGCAGGAGCGAUUCAGGACGUCAAAUAACAAGCCUGAUGUCCGCGAAGAUUCCAGAAGACGCCCCUUUGCAGAUAAUUCGAGGGACAACUAUGAGAGUAAGAGGAGCCCACCGUCACAAGAGUGGGGAAAAGUCACCAAAGUUUCCAGACAAGAUGGUCAAAGAGGGAGAGGUGGUCCUCAUCAUGCGAGAGGUAGGCUCAGCCACAACCAGGGAAGAAACCUCGGACCCCACAAGUACCGGCAGAACUUUCAGCCGUCCUCUCGGGGAUUCCACGGUGCUGCUCGUGAGAAUAAGAAAGCAGGAUUCAGACCCCAAAAGGAAGCUUAUUACACAAAUGCCGUGGAAGAGGAGGAGCAAAGCUGGAGUGAAGAAGACGGCCACCUGGGGAAGAACAGGCCUGCGAGUCUAGACCCCCGCUUGCAGAAGCACACACGAGUAAUGGCGCAGAAGUGGCCGGGUGACGAGUGGGAGGAGAAGAAGCCCAAAAACAUGACAGUGGUAACGGAGGAGACGCUAACCAUUAAGGUGGACAUGAGCCGGCCAGCGCACACAAGCAGCAGCACGCUGUGUUACUCCGCAGACCGCCAGCUCUCGCUAGACCUGGUCAACGUGGGCCGUCAGCGUCUGGACUCUCUACCCUCCUCGGCGGAGUCGUCCGAGAGCCGCCAGGAGGGCGGCGGCGUGAAGAUGGCGAAGUUCGCGCAGGAAAUCAUCACGCUGGUGCACCAUGUCAAAGAGCUCUACUUCAAAGGCCAAGGGAUCACGCUGAACAAACGCUUCUCCGCGCCCCAAAAAGCCGUCCCCGUCCAUAGCGUAGAGGCGGGUAAAAUGACGUUGGACCAGAGGUUUUCAUCCAAACACUUCAACCCGAAAGAUCUUCAGGACAACCUCUUUUCCCAGCCCGCGCACGCCCCCCUGGGUGACCUGAGACACGACCUGGAGCGCCGGCGACAGGAGCGUGUGGACGGCGUGACCAUAACGAUACCGGGAGGCGGCCAGCAAGGCGCGGCCAGCACGGUCCAGUUCGGCGGCGAUGGCGUGAUGGUUCCGGAAGUGCAGGACUGUGGAUGGGACGCCAACUGGGGUUCCAGGAGAGGAGCACCUAACAGAAUGAACUCCGGCCCGCCUCAAAGGUUCAAGAACCAUCAUCAUAUGCAGGGCCAGAACCACUCCAACCACGCAGGUCCCAGCUGGUGAUGGCGCCCACCGAUUGCUCUCAACGCCGCCUGCCCACCCACUGAAGACGACAAGCACCACAUUUUCUUGGUUGUCUCUUUUUGUUCUGGUUUCCUUUUCCUAGCUCCUUCAUAUUUGUGGCAAGGUAACGCUGAAGUCGUUUGCAGAUCUACUGUACUUUAUUUAGAUCCGUCACAUUAAAACCUUGUUAUAGUAAUAAAAACAAAAGUAAUCACCUCA